GAGGUCGGCGACCUCUCGAAGCCAGGCGAUUUCGACGCCUCGGUGCUGCUGUUUCUCGACAGGCGGGUUGGCCUCGCCCAGGCGCUGCUGGCGAUGGCGGCGGCGCUGUGCCGCGCGGGAGCGGCGCUGGCGCUCGGCCUGGCGAAGUUCACGGCUUGCCACGUCCACCAGCUGCGCCACUCGGGCCCAAGCCAGCUGACGGACCUCGAGCACAUCGGGCGCCAGGGCCACUGGAAGUCGGGGAGCUCGGUCAGAGGGCGCGAGAAGGGCGGGCGGCUCGCCGAGCUGCUGCGCCUGCUGCCCGCCGCGCAGCGCCGGCACGCCAAGGCGUGCGCCAUGAGUCUAAGCCAGUCGCGCCACGGCCUGCCCUCGCCAGCGGCGCCCGUUUGCCUCACCCGCCAGUGA